AGACGAUCAAAUUCUCAAAGUCGGGAGUAUGUACCUGCAUACAGAUCAGGACCCUAUGCUUUAAUUCUAACUCUAUAUAGACAUCAUCAGGUAAUACUGGAAUAAUUAAGUUUUUAGUCUUUCAAGAUUGUUUUAUGUAGCCUAGUAUAGUGUAGGGCUUGGCUUAUUUUUAAACUUCAACAUAGAGCUAUUUAUAGCACUUGUUUCCACUAGUUGUUCGUCCGUCGAGGAUCGACGAGGAACAUCGAGUCGUCCGGUGACUGAUGUAUUGCGCGGGUGACUUUUGUUUAAAGUGAGGAAGAGUUGCGCAGCAUCAACCUCACUCUCUCGUCCGGGCCCACCAUAUCCAGUGGCAAGACUCUAUGUCAAGAUGACCGGGGUGGGUACGGUUGCAGGAAUUGUCAUUGUAUGCGCCUUACGGGACUCCCAACUCCGGGUUUGAAUUCAGAGUUUCCUUUUCUUAGAUGAGUUGCAAACCAAAGUUAACGAGUCUCAUCCACCCGAUGCUUAGUACAGCAUACCUCAUUUUUUUUUUUUUUUUUUUUUUUUUAACAUAUUUAUUUUUUCGCCACCACCACUAAACUUGUCUGCUAGAAUGACCUUGAUAUUGAAGUCAUUGUGUAACUGUUGUUUCACUUCUUCCCUGCCUGUCCCUUUCUUGGCUGGGGAAAAGGUUGUUUACAAUCAAAUGCGUUCCAUUUGUUCUUAAGAAUGCCAUUUGGUGACACAAUUUCUCGAUUUUCUUUACUAGACCUAGAACAUUCAGAUAUAAUUCCAAUUUAAAGCCAGCUUGGUUUCUUUGUUAUAGAGAUAGACUUAGUGAGACAUAGAUAGUCAUAGCAAGACUUAGACUUAGAUAGACAUAUGGGAUGUAUUAUUAAUGUGUCCAAAAAUUAUUAUUGUAUUUUGAGGAUUGUACCUUUUUCACUUGCUGUAAGUGUAUACAAUUUUUUUUUUUGUUUCAGUUCUGAAAUUUGUAUAGAAAUUUAUUUAUAUAAUUGAAUUAAAUUUAGUUUUACUAGCUUUGGUAUCGUUUUCUUUACAUACUGUUAGAUCAGUCUUUUGUUAGGUAUUAUUUCUUAUAUGAGCCAACUAUUAAUACAAAUUAAAUCUUCAAAACCAUAAAGGUGCAUAACAGUGAUUAGUGAAAAAGCAUUUAACCUACUGAAAUUUGAAUUAAGCUAUGAAAUGUAAUUUCAAUGAUUUUUGCCUCCUGCUUGAGUUACAAUGCAUAAUGUGUCACAUUGGCUGUAAAUAUAUGUAGUUGCAAAUUAACAAAUUAAAGAAACUUUCUUAGAAAGUGAAAUUUCAAGUUUUUUAACUAUUCAGUGUUAUAAUAACUUCUUAAUAAGUUAAAUUAAACGACAAUAUUAUUUUGUAUUCUGUGAUAUUAUCUGUUUCUAUAAGGAUCCAUUGUUCAAAGGUUAUAUGACUAAAACAGAAUUGUCCCAGUCUGCCCAGCCACUGGCUGACAAGUCAUUUACAAAAGUAAGAAUUGAGUCAUUGGGAUUAUUUUUAGAAACUAAGCCUUUCAUAGCAGUCUUACAGAAGCCAUUAAAUUUUUAAAAAAUUUUUUUAUAUAAAUGUGUCACUUUUUAAAAUUAAUGAGGAUUUAAAUCCUUAAAGGCACUUAAUGACUUAAUGUUAUAGUUAACUUGGUACAUUGAUAGACAAUUUUUUAUCCAUAGUCGGCAGCCACUCCCUAAAAUCAAGAAAGUUACCAUAUAUCUCAACUACUUGGUGUUUUUUAUGCAAAGUUAUUGCUCGUAUAAUUUGUUACAUUAUUGGAUCAUUCAUAUAAAAAAAAAUUAGUUCAACACAGAAGUGGUUUAACUAUUUUGACUCUAAAUUAAUAUUUAUUUCUCAGCCAAACCCAGGCAGCCAUUAUACAGCAUGGUCAUCUUGUGGUACUUUGUUGAAGAAAGGUUUCAUUCAGAGAACCAGCAGUCCUGCCAGGUUUUGUAAUUACCCAGAUAUUUUUCAUUAAAUUAAUGAAUUGUUGUUUUUUUUCAUUUCCCUUGGUCAGUCCCGAAAUAUAAUUUUGUUUAAAAAGAAAACACUUGCCAUUUUAUGCAAUAAGUCACUUAUUUUUGUAUCUUCCUUAAAUAUUUUUUAAAAAUAUUUUUGUUUGUUACUGAUCCAAAUUGAAAAGCUUUAUUUCUUUUCUACUCAAGACAACAAGUGAGAGUUAUUUUCUAUGCAGCUUUUUAUAGCAACAAUUUAUUAGUUACAAACUUCUCUGCAGCAUAAAAUUGUAAAACAGAUUUUGAAAGCUCCAGACAUGGCAUUAAUAUUUAGCAAUAAAUUGAAGUACUUGAUAUAAGGACUAAAGUCUUAAUUCUAUUUUUCCUGCAUUUUAUUUUUGAUUCAAUAUAUUUUUCCCAUUUUCUAUUUCUGCUAUUUUAUAUUAUGGCUAUAUUCUUUUUUUGGUUCUAUUUUCUUUUACCUUUUUUUUUUCCAUUCAGGUAUUCUCUCACAGCCACUGGGAUUGUAUUGGGUGAACAGCUGAACAGAGCCGAGGAGUCCCACGGUGUCAAUCAAGAAGGAAAUGAGGCAGCUGUUGAUUUGGUAAUGAUUGAUCCCACAGUUUCCACACUGUCAUCAAAAGAAAAUGUUGAUUUGGAUGAUGUCAUCAUUUCUUCUGAUGAGUCACUUUCACCGAAGAAAUUUCUGAAAAGCAUUGAUGAGACUUCAAGUAAAGUACCACCAGUUCAAGGAGAAUAUGAGCUGAAAAUGAAAAGGCAGCAACUUAAUCAUCCUCAACCCCCAGGAGUUGAAGAUGUUGUAGAGAUAAGUGAUGAAAGUGAUACUGAUUGUAAAAUGAAAGGCGAAAAAGUUUUGAAAACCAAUUUUAAUGACAGCUAUGAUGAAUUACCAGACCUUGAUCUCCCCCUCUCUGAGAGACUUUUACAACGUGGCAAUAUUAAGUCGAGUUUAAUUACUAAACAUCAAACCGAUUUGUGCAGUGUUCAGCCUCCAUUAUUAAAUUCAGCACUGCUAUCUAAUCCAUCAGGCAUAUGCCCUGUCCUACCUUUAUCAGUAAAUCAAGGCUCUGAAAGUGAAAAGAAAGGAUCUUUUCUUUCAGUUAACAACAUUAAGCAUGAUCCUCCUUUGGUAAAGCCACCAAGGCCAGCAACAAAUGCGCCUAGCAAUCAUAAAAAAAAUGCCACAAGUGCUGAAAUAAAACAUCUUCCAAGUAAUCUUCAAUCUGCUCCAGUUUCUGUGUCCACGUCUCAAUACAGUACUCCGUGUCCUGAAUUCUCAUUACAGCCUGGAACAUUUGACAUCAUUUUGUGUUGCGAUAACAGGGAGUUUUUUGGAAGGUAGGAAUUUGAUUGCAGGAAAUGCAAAUAUUAAAGUUUCAUGAACAUUAAAAAUAAUAAUUUAAGAAAUGGACUUAAUAUAAUACUAUUAAAAAAGCACCUGGAUUUAUGUUAAUGGAAUAGUAAUGAUUUCCAAAUAGAAGACGUAUAGAGAUUAGCAUUGGGGCUUAUCAGAAAUUAACUUCAAGCUCAUUAGGUAUGACCAUUUAAAAAUGUUUAUUUAGUAAAUAUAUAUUAUUCCUUUACCCAUAAAGUUCAACCCUACAGCAAUUUUAAUUUUUGCCUAAAAUUAUCCUUAAAGAUGAUGUUCAAUUUUUAAUACAUAAUUUACUUUUCAGUAAAAGCAACAGUAAAACUCUUCUCCCAGAUUUAAUGAAAAGUGGAGUUCAGUGUGACCUAAGGUUACUUCAUGUAGGGGACUUACUCUGGAUUGCAAGGGAAAGAGUUGCACCAAAUAUUGACAGGUUUGUAGCAAGUAUUGACAGCCAUAUACCAAUACUUGAUAGGAUUGUACCAAAGUUUGAAAUAUUUUCAAUUUUUCACAACCCUUUAAAUGAAUCGAAAUUCAACAUUUAUAAAAGAUGUCAUAGAUAUGGUAAAGUGAUCUUAUUUUCUAUUUAAAAGAACAUAAUCUGUGGUAAUGUUAUAAUAAUUGUUUUUAAUAAAUUGAGUUGUUCUAAGAUCAACAUAAAUUAAUAAUGCUUGUUUUUUUUUAAAGGACAGGUGUUCUUAAUCCACAUUUUUGUUUUGUUUUCUUUCUAAAGAACAAACAAUUAAGUUCAAUAUAUCUGAAUAUCUCAGGCAAAAGUGAACCAAUGUACUUAUUUUGUAAAGGAAAUUUAUCACUUGUUAUUAAAACUAGCUUCACUGCUAAGUUGUGCCUUACUUUUAUCCCCAGAGAACAAGGCAGAGAGCUGGUCCUUAACUAUGUUAUAGAGAGGAAACGAAUGGAUGAUCUCGUCAGUAGUAUAACUAAUGGACGUAUGAAGGAACAAAAGGUUGUCUAACAAAAAAUAUUGAUGCUCUUUACAAAUAGAAGCAAUACCAAAUAGGUUCAUUAUUUUAAAUCUUAUUUUACAUUAGAAGAAAGGUACAUCAUUGUCAUUUCAGAUUAACUUGCUUGUUUCUACUUGUAGUACUUAUAUAGAAAUAAUAUAAAUAACAUUCUGAUUCAUAAUUAAAUCAUACUCUGCAAAUCUCUAAAGCAAUUUUACCAAACCUUAGUUGAAGUUUUCCGGAACAUUGAAAAAGUCAAGUUUAUUGUAAAGCUUUACAGUCUCAACCUACUGCCUCAAAUUAGAUACAUUUAAUUUUCCCUUUAUGCUUGGACAUUACUUCUAUAUUCUUUGAAAUGAAGAUGUGCUUAUGAAACACUGUUUUCACAUUAUUUUAAGUCUAACAAAGUUUACUCUAAUUUUUCUAACGCAAGAUUUGAUGAAGAGUGCACAAUUUCUGUCUGCAAUAAAGUGAAGCAAAGUUAGCUAUGCAUCCUAAUUAAAUAGGUUUGCUGUCCAUUACUAUGGUACAUGCUGUGCAUUACACAAACAAAGCGUAACUUAAUUUGUGCAUGUAAAGUUUUGAGACAAAAUAUUUUUAUUUUUUCACAAUUUACGGGGUUAGUAUAUUGGAAGAAAAACUGAAACACAUACAUCUUUAAAAUAUUAUUAGCAUGCUCUAAAUCAGGCCAAACUACAGCCGGCGGGGCUCUCUCAGGCCUGUGGAGACCUUUUUAUAUAUGGAAAAAAAUUACGGAAAUUUACGUGUACCCUGCUAAGAUCAGCCUCUGCUUACGUAGAUGUUAUGUUUUUACCGAAUUAAAAUAGAGGCGCGCAUUAACGCAUUAUGUUUUCCAACCAAUCACUACAUUGCAAAACCUUAUUUGCUGCUUAGUUUUUACCAGUUUUUGCCUAUGGAAAAAAAUUACGGAAAUUUACGUGUACCCUGCUAAGAUCAGCCUCUGCUUACGUAGAUGUUAUGUUUUUACCGAAUUAAAAUAGAGGCGCGCAUUAACGCAUUAUGUUUUCCAACCAAUCACUACAUUGCAAAACCUUAUUUGCUGCUUAGUUUUUACCAGUUUUUGCCCAAAGAAGACUUUCCUAAUGUGAAAAAAAUUUGCAACAAGGUACCUUUCAAUCUUUUGAACAACAUACCUAUGUGAACAAACAUAUUUGGGAAUGAAAUACGUGAAGAACAAUUUGAGAACAAACUUGUCCGAUUGAUAACCUCAGGUCACUGUUGAUGUUAGGGACUUCAAAUCUGAAGUCAGAAAUGUCUGCUCUUUUGGAAUCCAGUAAACAAUUUCACCAUUCCCACUAAUACAGGGGUACAUGUGUAGUGUAUCAAUGUGUUAUUAAAUAAUAACUGAAUAAAAUAAUUAUUAAAUAAAUAAUUAAAAGCAACAUCCAUGUUUUAUUUUUUUUUAAUUUGGACCUUGAGUGUGUAGUCUGCCCUUUGGACCUCGAGCUGCUGGUUUAUGGUUAAUGCGGCCCUCGGGCUGAAAAGUUUGGAGACCCCUGCUCUAAGCAGUUGGCUUUAUAGGAUGUGCAUACUUAUACGGCUUAGACUGAACAUUGGUAUCUUUUCAUUUCUGCAUAUUAAGUGGUCAAUAAGACCUCUAUAGAUGUAAUUUUGUUUCAUAGCAUGCAAUUUAUGUAAUUGAUCUUUGCAUAUUUUUUUUUUUUGCUGCUAGUUUCGCCUGAAACAUUGUGGGUUGAGUGAAGCGAUUAUUCUCAUAGAGGAAUAUGGACCAAUUCAAAACUUUAGCCUACCGGAAGAGAGGAUUAAACAAUCUAUUGUUAAUUCACAGGUAAUUAAUUUUUUAAAAAUUUAAUUUACUUUCAUUUACAGUACUUAAACAUUUUAAUUGUUAAUUUUUAAUUAUCAAAUCAUUAAAAAAAAUAUUUGUUGCUCACAUAUUUUAAGUUUUAACCCUACGACAGAUUAAAUACAAAUUUAAUUAACCGAGUAUGUCUUAAUCUAGUGUGGCCAAAUUUUGUUAAAUGUCUAAUUAAUAUCAUAAUUUUCAUUUACUUUUCUGUUUAAUAAUUUGCUUACAUUAUUAAAUUUUAACAUUGACUUACUGUUUAGUAUUGCAUGAUGAUUUUAAUUAAUAGAUUAUUGAUGGCUUCAAAGUGAGAUUUUGUAGUGGACCAUCUGCAGUUGUUACAUAUUUAUCUACCAUGACAAGAUUUCUUCAACAACAUUAUAGUGUAAGUAUUCUAUGUUUGUGAGGAUUUUUUAAAACCUAUGUUUAAUGUCAAACCCUUACCCAUGAAGGUUCUUCAUUCCAGUUGGUAAUCAGAAUCACAAUUUGAAAAAAAAAAUUAUGGCAAACAAAGAAUUUUGUGCUCUUCUUUCACAGUGUAGCAAGGUGGAUGUGACCUGUCCCUUUUACUUAUGAAAGCUUUCAGUUUUACCCAGUACAAAAAUGUAUUCCUUUCAUGCUUAACCAGAUUUGUCAAUGGUGAAUUUGUUAUGCCAAGCUAUUACCACUACACUUUUAAACAGAAAUAAGAAAAAGUAUUCACUUUUGUGACACAUAUUUUAUAAAUUUAUGCUGUAGGUCAUCUAAAUGCUGAGAAGGGAUGAUAAUCAUUUGUUUUGCAUCCUCUUAUUGCAGUGUUUAUCUUAUUUGUAUUUCCCACUCUGUUAAUCUUUUAUCUUAGAAUAACCAUCUGUGUUCUUUAUUUUCAGACUAAAACUCUUCAUGCUGUACCAAUAGAUGCUGCGAAAGAAAUGAAAGGACAGCAGCAUAUACAAAACAAAGAACAAUUCCUCAUUCAAUUCCAUGAUUUUAACCAGGCUUCUAUGAAGCACAAAGUAUGGAUGUCAUUAAAAUUUAUUUUUCUUUAUGUUUUGUAAUAACAAAUUUCAUGGGAACAGCAGCCAUGACUUUGCAAGAUUGCCACUUUUUUAAAGAUAUUUUUUAAUAAUAAUAAUUAAAAAAUAUUUAUUAUCAGGUGUAAAUAGAAAAUUAUAUGUUUCAGUAAUGAUUUAUAUUUAUUGCAUGUUUUUUGUUUAGGAUCUGACCGUUAAAGAAAUGUUUGGGAGACAGUUAAUUCAGGUUCCAGGCAUUUCAGCUGAAAGAGCAAGAGCGAUAACAAAUGUGUAUCCAACCCUCAGCACGUAUGUGGGACACAUUUCUAAUUAUUUGACAUGGACAAUUUAAUAAACAAUCAAUUAAAUAAGUUCUCCUUUCUUGUAGAGGUCUCAUGUUAAAACUAGAUAUCCUGUAUCAGUCUCAAAUUUCACUAAUCCUCUGUAGUAAUCUUAUGUGUCCUAACAAUCUUACAAAGAAACUCAAACAAACAUUUUCAUUUAUAAAGAUUUCUUUCGUUAUCAAAAUAGAAUCUGAAUCAAAUUUAGAAAUACAUAACUCUGUUAGUAAGGAUGGAAAUAGAAGUAUAAAAUAUUUGUAUUUGCAAGUUGUUUAAAUUUAGUUUGCAAAUUGGUUCACUCAGUUUGCAAUUUUUUUAAACUUAGUUUGCAACCUGCUUAAACAAAAUGUAAAAAAAAAAAAACUACUUUAUUGCUAUUUGUUUAUACUUUGUGUCCAGGUUGUUGGAGGCUUAUGAAAAAUGCAAAGAUUCAAAAGAAAAGGAAAAGUUACUAGCUGGCAUUAAAACAGGAAAAAAAGAGAGGUUUGUUUUUUUAUAA